AUGGAUCCCAACAGCAACAACAACAACAACCGCAUGAACAUGAAUUACGGGUACAAUGACCGCAACUACAACGCGGCCAACAACCGCGCCUAUCCCACCACCCCCUCCGCUUUUCCUCAGCCGAUCUAUCAGACCCAGGGAGCUCAGGACUACGUUGACCCCUCCAACCCGGCCUAUGCCCCUGGGUAUUUCGUGGCCAGCCCCUACGCCCCGCAGGCCCAGUAUGCCCAGCAGCAGCAGCAACAGCAAUACGCACAGCAGCAGGCCCUGCAAUCGCCUCAGCCCGCCUACCAGACCCGCAUGGGCUAUGCCAACGAUGGCACCACCGGCCUGAUCCAGCAGUUCUCCAAUCAAGACCUCAACGCCAACCGCGGGGGCUUCUUCAACCGGGCGCCAUCCCCCGCUUCUCGCCCUCGCACUGCUGGUGGUGCUCCCGCUCAGGGCCAGUCGCAGGCCGCGCACUUGGCCCCUCCGGUCCCUCGCAGCCCUCGCCCGCCGGCGGAGAAUGAGGAGUUGCAACGAAUCCCUGAUCGUUACUCGGAGAAUGUGCACAAGCGGGGUAAGGCCGCAAAGGAGUUGGUGACGGUCUUCUUUCAUGAGAACAUUGAACGGGCCCGGGAUCGCAACAUGCGUUCCGUGGAUCUCGACAAGACCCUACAAGACUCGAAUGUCCCUGCCACCAAGAAGCGCCACGAGGCUGAAGGCAUCUCGAAGAGUGAAUCAGACUUCCUUCGGUUCCUCCGCACCAAGGAGACCCCGCAGAACUUCCAGACCAUCAAGAUUAUUGGCAAGGGUGCUUUCGGUGAAGUGAAACUGGUGCAGCGCAAGACGGACGGCAAGAUCUAUGCCCUCAAGUCGCUAAUCAAGACCGAGAUGUUCAAGAAGGACCAGCUGGCACACGUCCGUGCCGAGCGUGAUAUUCUGGCGGACUCGAAGGACAACCCAUGGCUGGUGAAGCUGCACGCCUCGUUCCAGGAUUCGGCGUACCUUUAUUUGCUCAUGGAGUUCUUGCCUGGUGGUGAUCUGAUGACUAUGCUCAUUAAGUAUGAAAUUUUCUCUGAAGACAUUACUCGGUUCUAUAUGGCUGAGGUGGUGAUGGCUAUUGAGGCGGUCCACAAACUUGGCUUCCUUCAUCGUGACAUCAAACCGGACAACAUUCUCCUUGAUCGUGGCGGUCACGUUAAGCUUACUGAUUUCGGUCUCUCAACCGGUGGUAAGAAGACCCACGACAACGCGUAUUACCAGAACCUCCUCAAGAACUCCACGUCAAAGGACCGGAACCGUAAUUCCGGCUACUUCAACGAUGCCAUCAACUUGACGGUCUCCAACCGUGGCCAGAUCAACACCUGGCGAAAGUCUCGUCGUGCCAUGGCGUACUCUACAGUCGGAACCCCAGACUAUAUCGCGCCUGAGAUCUUUAAUGGCCAAGGUUACACCUACCUGUGCGAUUGGUGGUCGGUGGGUGCCAUUAUGUUCGAGUGUCUCGUUGGCUGGCCUCCAUUCUGUGCCGAGGAUACCACCGAUACUUACCGUAAGAUCGUGAAUUGGCGCGAGUGCCUUUACUUCCCCGAUGAGCUGGUUCUCUCUCGUGAAUCUGAGUCAUUGAUCCGAAGCUUCCUGUGUGACCCCGAGCACCGAAUUGGUAGUGAAGGUGGCCAACAUGGUGGUGCAACCCAGAUCAAGAACCACCCAUUCUUCCGGGGCGUUGUGUGGGAGCAGCUGCGCAGCAUUCGUGCACCGUUCGAGCCCAGACUUAGCUCGAACAUUGACGUGUCGUACUUCCCGAUCGAUGAGAUUCCUCAAGAGGAUACUUCCGCCAUUCAUCGUGCUCAGGCUCGGGCCAUGCCAGAGUCCCAGGAAGCCGAGAUGAGCUUGCCCUUCAUCGGCUACACCUACAAGGCCUUCAACGCUUUCCAGAGCAAUUAA